UUCUAUACGUAGUAUAUUGCGGUAAGAUUCUUUGCCUAAAGAGGUAAAGUUUGGGGACGUAACAGCGAGAGAGAAGCCAUGAUGAGGCAAGCUCUCCAACUGUUCGACAACUUUCCUCACACAAUCCUCCAGUGCCUCGAUUCGACUACGGCUUCUGUAUGCCAGGCGCGACAAGCUCAUGCCCACAUCCUCAAAGCCGGCCUAUCCAACCAUGCUGAUCUCACCACCAAGCUCCUCUCUCUCUACGCCAAUAACCAUUGCUUCGCCGAAGCGAACCUCGUCCUUGACUCUGUCUCGGAGCCCAACGUAUUCACAUUUUCUACCCUCAUCCAUUCGUUUUCAAAACUCAGUCGAUUUGGUGAUGCGCUCCGUGUUUUUUCUCGAAUGAUAUCUCAUGGUAUUGGGCCUGACGCACAUGUUUUCCCUAGCGUCUUCAAGGCUUGUGCUGGACUACCGGCCGUGAAAGCCGGGCAACAGGUUCAUGGCAUUGCAUCGGUAUCUGGGCUUGCUUCGGAUUCGUUUGUCCGAUCCUCAUUGUUCCAUAUGUAUGUGAAAAGUGACCGUGUUAGAGAUGCCCACAAGUUGUUCAGUAAAAUUACUCAACGGAACGUGGUGUUAUGGAGUGCUUUGAUUUCUGGUUAUUCUAGACGUGGAUGUAUAGACGAGGCGAAGCAGCUCUUUAAUGAGAUGAGGGAUACGGGUGUUGAACCCAAUUUAAUAUCGUGGAAUGGUAUGAUUGCGGGGUUUAAUCAUAGUGGUUCAUAUACUGAGGCGGUUUUCAUGUUCCAAAAGAUGCAUUUAGAAGGUUUCCAGCCCGACGGAUGUAGCAUUUCUAGUGUUCUUCCUGCUGUAGGAGACUUGGAGGAUUCAGAUAUGGGUAUCCAAAUUCAUGCCUAUGUAAUUAAGCAGGGUUUGGGAUCAGACAAGUGCGUUGGCAGCGCACUUAUUGAUAUGUAUGGGAAGUGUGCCUGCAGGUUGGAAAUGUCACAAGUUUUUAGUGAAAUGGAGGAAAUGGACAUAGGUGUUUGCAAUGCCUUAGUUACGGGGCUCUCACGAAAUGGUCAAGUUGAUGAUGCUCUGGAGGUAUUCAGGAAAUUUAGGGUCCAAGGGAUGGAACUGAAUGUCGUGUCUUGGACAUCAAUGAUUGCUAGCUGUUCUCAAAAUGGGAAAGAUAUGGAGGCUUUAGAACUUUUCAGAGAGAUGCAGGUCGUGGGGGUGAAGCCAAACUCCGUGACAAUCCCUUGUUUGCUUCCAGCUUGUGGUAAUAUUGCAGCACUAUUGCAUGGGAAGGCAUCCCAUUGCUUCUCUCUUAGAAGGGGGUUCUCUAAUGAUGUGUAUGUGGGCAGCGCAUUAAUUGAUAUGUAUGCAAAGUGUGGAAAAAUCCAAUUGUCUCGGCUUUGUUUUGAGAAAAUGCCCUCCAGAAACUUGGUGUGCUGGAAUGCAAUAAUGGGUGGAUAUGCAAUGCACGGGAAGGCUAAAGAAACUAUGGAGGUUUUUGACUUGAUGCAGAGGACAGGGCAGAAGCCGAAUUUUAUCAGCUUCACUUGUGUAUUAUCUGCCUGCAGCCGGAAUGGCCUGACCAAAGAAGGGUGGUAUUACUUUAAUAGCAUGUCACAAGAGCAUGGUAUCGAAGCUAGAAUGGAGCAUUAUGCUUGCAUGGUAACACUUCUCAGCCGUGUAGGAAAACUUGAAGAGGCUUAUUCUAUGAUCAAGAAUAUGCCAUUUGAACCUGACGCUUGCGUUUGGGGUGCUUUGCUUGGUUCUUGUGGAGUUCACAAUAAUGUGACUUUAGGUGAGGUUGCUGCACGGAAACUCUUUAAGUUAGAACCAAGAAAUCCAGGGAACUACAUACUUCUGUCAAACAUUUAUGCUUCCAAGGGCAAGUGGAUCGAAGUGGAUAAAGUAAGGGAUACGAUGAGGAGUAUGGGUUUGAGGAAGAAUCCUGGCUGUAGUUGGAUUGAGGUCAAGAACAAGGUACACAUGCUUCUUGCGGGAGACAAAUUGCACCCUCAAAUGGACCAAAUCAUUGAGAAGUUAAAUAAAUUGAGCAUGGAGAUGAAGAAAUCGGGUUACUUUCCUAAUACCAACUUUGUUCUCCAAGAUGUGGAUGAACAGGACAAAGAGCAGAUUUUAUGUGGGCACAGUGAGAAGUUAGCAGUAGUUUUGGGGCUUCUGAACACUAGUCCAGGUUCUCCUCUUAGGGUCAUUAAGAAUCUAAGAAUAUGUGGUGACUGCCAUAAUGUUAUAAAAUUUAUAUCCAGCUUUGAAGGGAGGGAGAUUUCUGUCAGGGACACCAACCGCUUUCAUCAUUUCAAAGACGGAGCCUGUUCUUGUGGGGAUUAUUGGUAAACUUCUGAAAUGGCCAGCUGUGAAAAGCUAGUUCACACCAUAGAGUAUUUUUCAGCUAAACAAAACAACGAGAUGAGAUGAAGGGAGAUGAAGUGCAUUGACCCUAAACCUGAAGGUGAGGCAACUAACUGCCACUUUAAAGUUCAAAGUAGGAUAAACAGUUCCAUCUUUAAAUUUUGCCCCCGAGGUCUUUUUCGAAAAACACAGAAAAUUAGAUAAUUUUCAGAAACAUUCAAUGCUUUCCUCCCAGCAGGCUUGAAAUCCCACCCUUCCAUCCUCAGAUCGUUUGGGCUUGAAGGACCAUUUUCUGUGCUCGUUUCGAUCACCCACCUAGGAAUUUUCUAUCCAAAAGAAACACUUUUUGGAUUGAAUUAUCGAGAGGUGAAAUGCCAGUGAUAAUGUAGGAUUUCUGCAUUGCUAUUGCACCUAGUACAUCUACUCAAUCAUGCUGGAACACAGUUAUGCCGGAAUCUAAGCAGUGCGAAUUAUUGUGUACAACAUGGUGCUAAACAGGUGGAACUUAUUACAAAAUCCUCUAAAAAAUUGUUAUUUCAGAUUGUGUUCCACAGACAUGUCUAAGUAUUGGAUUGCUUGCGCAACAUAUGGAUGGCUUUCUUUAUGGAAUUGCAAAAGCUUCGGUCUACAUAUCACUGGUGAUGUGUCCACUUCUCUACCCUUCUUGAUAUCAGAUACAAUUUCUUAUUCAAGUUAGAGAUUAAUUGAGUACAUAGAAGAAUCUUUGUUGGAAGCCUGAGAUAGCCUUUUUGGCUCUUAGCCUUGCUGCAAAAUUUUAGCUGACACUUUACUUCAUUUUUGCCCCUCUUGUUGUUUCAAUCUAUGGAUAUUGGAGAGUUUAGUGUAGAGCUCUGUUUGUCUUUUUGUCUCGCUAAUGAAUUACAGGCUAGUUACAAAUGCUAGACACAUUCAACCU